AUGGACGCAGGUCCCAGCCAGCCUCACCUGACGUUCCCAUCUCUUAGUCAGGAGGACCUCGGACGCGUCGCAAAUACCAUUAUCUAUCUCUUUGACCCUUCGACCUCGGCCGACCCUGCUCGCGCAAAGCAGCUCCAAGCGGACUUGCACCAAAUACAGUCGACGACUGAGGCCUGGGGCCUAAUAGCCGGCUUAUCCGCGCACGAGGACGCAAAUGUCCGGUUCUUCUCUGCGCACACCGCCCAGGUCAAGAUAUCUCGGGACUGGGAUACCCUACCAGCGGAACUCCGACCUUCGCUCCUCAACCUCCUCCUUAGCACACUCUCUUCUGCUCUCAGCCCACUGAGCCCACAUCCGUACCAACCUGCCAACGGUGUGGUCACUCGGAAGAUCUUCGGCUCGCUCGCAUCUCUCAUCCUACGCUUACCUUUCCAUCAAUUUCCCAGUCCACUCAUCACGGUCUUGCAAACAAUUGUAACCGCUUCUGGCACGAACGGGAAUGAGCAUAAGGCGCGCAUAUGGAGUUUGGAAUGGUGUGGUAUCUGUGUGGAGGAGCUGGGCCGGGCAGGUAUUAGCGAUCAGAAAAGAAAAGCGCUGCAGAUGCAUAUCGAGGGCGAUAUGCCCGCCGUGAUGAGCGCAAUAGCUGGAGGGAUGGAGAUGGGCGAGCCACAGGUGGAGAAGCUGAAGGAGGCUGAGGCGGCAUGUAGGUGUGCCGAGAGCUGGGUGGGUUAUGGGAUACGUGCAGAUGACCUGCUGUCCCUGCUCCCUGCGCUGUACCGAUUACUCCCUCUACCUGCCGCUUCAUCCGCCAUCACCGAGAUCCUCACCGAGAGCACCUUCAAAUUCGGCAAAGCUACCAAAGCGCUGACGGAGCCGCUAGUAGCCUGGACGAUCGGGCUGGGCCAGGCAGUUCUGGACAAUGGCGAUUCCGAUACGAUGGAGGAGCUGGUCGGCGUGACCAAAAUGCUCUGCGCUUUGGUCGAGCACUCGUCAGAGUGGCUAGUCACUCGGAUCACACAGCCUGAUGUCCAAGCCUUCUUUGGAACGGUCUUGCGAUUGACGGGAUGGACUGGGACGGCUGGUGUCGAUGAGGAGGUCUCAGAGAUAACUCUGGCCACCUACCCCCUCAUCCAAGAAGCCAUCAUGGACUCGCCCCUCUUCUCCUCUCCCCACGAGACCUCGCCCGACUGGCAAAUCGCCAAAGCCCUCUUCAGCCAGCUCGUCUCUGUCAUACGAACCAAAGCCCGCUAUCCCGACGGCAGCAUGGACAAGGAGAGAAGGGAGACGUUUGACACAUGGCGUCGUGACGCCGGCGAGGUCAUCGUCUGCGCCUUCUACAUCCUCCGCGACGCUAUGCUCGGCGGCCUCACGCAGACCGCUUUGAGUCAAGUCCACGGUCCAUGGCAGGACAUCGAGGCGACGCUCCACUGCAUAUCGUUCUCUUCCGAGGCGGUCCCACUGGGCGAGGAGGUAUAUUUACCAGUCAUAUUCGGCCAGCUUCUCCCCCAGCUCGCUCAACGGGAACUCAACGAGAUCAGGCUGCGGCGUACGGUGGUCGGUCUCAUCGCGGCGUACGAGGAAUGGUUCAAGUUUCAUCCGGAUUACCUCUUACCAUGCCUUAAUUACCUCGUCAAUUCGCUCUCCCUCCCCGCCAUGGCACCCGCCGCCGCAAACACCCUCAAAUCGCUCUGCGACAUGUGUCGGAAGAAGCUCGUCCAGCACAUCGACGCAUUCGCUGAGCUGCACGGGAAGAUCGGGACCAUGGGGGCGGAGGAACAAGUCAAGGUUGUGCAAGCGAUCACAAGCGUGAUCCAAGCGCUGUCACCAGAGAACGCAAUAGGUCCAAUAGAGGGAAUUGUCACCCCCAUCAUUGACCAACUCGACGCCACUGUUCAAUCGCUUGACCCAGAACGGCCCCUCGCGCAGCAUAUCGACGCGCUGGCGGCCUGUUUCAAAGGUCUUACUCCUAGCGAGGACGAUAUCUUUGAUGCAGACGUCGAUACCACGGCCGACGAUGCUCAGAUCCGGAUUGUCAAGAUGGACCCAAGACUAGCGCAUAUACGAGAUCGGGCGGAAAGAUCAAUAGCGGGAGUCGUGAGGGUAUGGACGGGAGACGGGGAAGUGGCGGAUUCAAUAUCAUCCCUUCUCAAGCACUCUACCAUAUCUGAAACGCUCAUAUCGCUGUCCCCUCUUCCACUUCUUUUGCUUGUCUGCGCAGCAGCGGAAGUUGCACCAUCCGCUUUAUGGCUCUCCCUAGCAUCCACCUUGGUACUCCGUAUCAACUCGCCGCCCAGUCCCUUGACGAUCAAAAAGGACAAGACGCCAGACGAGCAGCAGCAACAUGAAGCAGAAGAGCAGGGUCGAUGGAAUGUGGUGGCGGAUGCAGCUCAGCGGCUUGGCCGAGUGGCGGGGAUAUUGAUAGGCUCGGACGCGGGCAUGAAGGAGCAUCCCGAUGUUGUCGAGGCCUUCUUCAAGUUCUCCUCGGCGUUAUCGUCGCGAUUUCCCGGCGUGCUGCUGCGUCUCCCAGCUCAGACCGUCGAGACGUACAUGGCUCUUGGUGUGAUGGGCCUCUCGGCGCAAGAGCGGUUCUCCUUGACCACUACUGCAUCCUUCUUUGUCGCGCUCUUUGCCAAUACUCGCUUCCCAUCCCCACUAGAACCCAUCGCCGAUUCGCUCAUCAAGCACUUUGGUCCGCAAAUCUUGCGCGCGCUGCUGCUGUCGGCCGGAUCGGACGGACCAAGGUCGGCCAUUCCCAAUCUGGCGGAGCUGCUAGCCGGUCUGAUCACGAGGGUUCCCGGUCCGGAAAUGUCCAGCUGGCUGCAGACGAUCCUCGGCGAAGAAGGAUUUCCAGAUAGGAGAUCGACGCCAAAGUCGAAAGAGCGGUUAAAAACGGAGAUCCUAAAAUCUCGAACAGCCAAAAAGAUGCGCGUUGCUCUGCACGAGUUUGCCCUCAUUGCCAGAGGACUGGACAAUACGACGUACGGUAACGCUACUGCAUUUUGA